UAGUUCACAUGUUAGACAAGGAUUCAAUGUCCUACAGCCAGGCACCCCUAAUCUAGAAAUAUUAAUAACCAAAAAGCUCGGUUGUAUGCUUAUCAGUUUUUCUUAUUUCCUCCCAAACACAAACACAUUUGAACUGAACUCACAUAUGACCUUCAAUCUCAUAGAUCUCAGAGCAAAUUAUUAUAUCUGAUUUAUUGCAGCUGAAUAUGUCAUAUUUUGUGGGACCAGGAGACUCUAUGGCAACCACCACAGAGACAAGGAGAAAGUUCAACAAGUUUGUUAUCAGGAAGGGACUGUUUCUGGAUCCAGCCAGAGUCGGGUCACAGCGGAUCAGAAUACUCAGGAAGAGACGAGCAGGAGUUUUGGAGCAGGAAAGGAUCUUCGUGAUCGACGAGCAACCAUGUCUUCACUGAAAGCAGAUCACUGCCCUAUCCCAUGCACCUUCAACACUCACAAUGCAUGCAGACCACUGCAGCUCCUCUCUCCUCCAUCAUGGGCCUCCCCACCACCUCCAUGGCAGGGCUGGAGGUCUACGCUGACAGCGCCUCGCUGGUAUCUCUGGACUCCAGUGUUUUCUUCAGUGAGAUGCCGGCCUCAUGCGUCAGAGACCCGCUCCAUGAUUUUGUCAUCAACGUCGGGGGGAGUCGGUACGUUAUGUCCCAAGAGCUGCUGGCGCCCCACCCAGAGACCAGAUUAGGGAAGCUGGCUUGCUGCAGCCGAGACUCUGUGCUGGAUCUCUGCGAUGAUGCUGACUUCCUCAAAAACGAGUUCUUCUUCGACAGAAACUCCCAAACCUUUGAGUAUGUGAUGAACUUCUACCAGACAGGUCACCUUCACGUCAUGGAGGAGCUGUGUGAGAUCUCCUUCCUUCAGGAGAUUGAGUACUGGGGCAUUGAUGAGCUCCGUAUCAACUCCUGCUGCCGGGAGCGUUACUACCGCCGAAAGGAGCAGAAGGAGUCCCUGGACGUCCGCCGAGAGUUUGACACCGAUGAUGAUGAGGAGGACUUUGUUGGCGCAGUAUGUCCAGGCCUUCGCCGGCGUCUUUGGAACCUUCUGGAGAAACCAGAAUCAUCCCAUGCAGCUCGGACCUUUGGCUCACUCUCGAUCUUCUUUGUAGUGCUGUCAGUCAUCAACAUGGUGCUCAUCUCUCUGGACUUGGAGGAGGACUUUGGAGUGAGCUGGCUUGGUGUCAGUGGGCCGCGGCUGCUUGAUGCUGUGGAGUAUGCGUGCGUCAUGUGGUUUACGGGUGAACUGGUCCUACGCUUUGUGUGCGUCAGAGAUAAGUGCUGGUUCAGUCGGCGCAUCCCGAACGUGAUUGACCUGCUGGCCAUCCUGCCGUUCUAUGUGACGCUGGCAGUGGAAAGUCUCCACGGCGGAUCCACAGAGCUGGAGAACAUGGGCCGGGUGGUCCAGGUUCUCCGCCUCCUCAGAACCCUGCGCAUGCUGAAGCUGGGCCGACACUCCACAGGUCUAAAGUCUCUGGGAAUGACCAUUGCUCAAUGCUAUGAAGAAGUUGGCCUGCUGCUCCUCUUCCUUGGUGUUGGCAUCUCCAUCUUUGCCACGGUGGUCUUUGCUCUGGAGCACAACCUUCAGGCCACCACCUUCACUAGCGUUCCAGCCGCCUGGUGGUGGGCCACCACCUCCAUGACCACAGUAGGCUACGGGGACAUUCGGCCAGACACAACAGUGGGGAAAGUCCUGGCCUUCCUCUGCAUCCUGUCUGGAAUCCUGAUCCUGGCCCUGCCCAUUGCCAUCAUCAACGACCGCUUCUCUGCCUGCUACUUCACCCUGAAGAUGAAGGAGGCGGCGCUGCGGCACGGAGAGAUGCUGAAGAGGCUGGCCCGAGGCUCCAUGGGGGAGGAAGGCCCCGUGGGAGCGGUGGGAGGAGUCAACCUGAGAGAUGCCUACGCCCGCAGCGUCCUGGAGAUGCUGCGGCUGCAGGGCCGAGAGCGGGCGAGCACCCGCAGCAGCGGAGGGGACGAGCUGUGGUUUUAGAGCCAGGAGGACAGAGUUAGGGGCCACAGAGACACAAAGAAACGUGGAACACACAGAGACACCGCCCAUAGAGUUAAUUUCAAUUAAACAGGAAGUGACAGCAGAUAGAGACGAAGCCCUUCAUCAUCAUCUUCCCAGGUUCCUCAGAGGUCUGCAGCAUCAGAGCAGAAAAGAAGGAACACUCUAAUAUCUGCACUUUUUAGUGAGUGUUUUUGGACCUGGUUCUAAUCAGGUUCUAACCUGAAAAAAUCUCAGAUUUUCCUGAACUCUAAUAGUUAUCAGUAAUAAGAAUUUAACAGUGCUGGUUCUGGUCCAGCUGAUGAAACCGUCACCAUCAAACCUCUAACCCUAAAUGAGCAUCAUAAUUCCAGGUGAGAAUCUGGAUGAACAGCGUUCCAUGUUGUCUUUGUGUUUGUUCUUCCUUUGCUCCGUUGGUUCGGAUGAAAAUAAUAAAGUCUCUUCAUGAAGCUGUUGGUCAAUCUAGGUUCCCUUCUGGCAGAUCCAGGUGUCAACAGGAUCAGACAGCACAAUUUAAACUCAUCCGAGUCCGUGUUUACGGAGUCCAGAGGAGACGCUGAGAUUCAGGACUGAGCCGUUUUCCCACAGCAAGUUCUGGCUCAGUAGAAAUAAACAGGAGAACACGAGGCAGCGCCGCUGAAGAUAAACAGUCUGUCAGAGAGAGAAGAGAUCCAGAUCCCAGUUCAAGGAUCGGAGCAUGGAAACACUGUUCUGCUCUCACUGGUGCUGUUUGAAGAACUAACACUUCAUUUCCUGGUUGGAGGUACGGAGAUGGAAAGAGAAGCAGACCCAAUCAGCUGUGAUGGACAGAACCGAUUCAGAUCCAGAUCUUCAUCUGUUAACACAAUUGAUUCAGCACGCAGCAGGUAGAAGGUGCGAUUCCAGGAAAACCAAUAAAGAGGAGCUUACAGAACCUUCAGAUCCUCUGACGUCGAGGAUCUCAAGAUGAUCAGAGUGUCGACAAAUAAAACCGGUCCAAGAUCUGUUCCUAAAACCCUCACAGGACCUGCAGCGUCCCACACCUGUAAGACGGAGGUACCCAGAGGAUCCCAGUUAGUCCUGGGAGUGAAGCAUUGGAAACACUGGCCCAGAGGAGUCCUGAAACGGUUCAGUGAUGGAGGCUGCAGAGAUCUUCUGCUACAUAUUUGGAUUAUUUUUAUUCCAAACGACUUCCAAAGUAAACAUGAGUAGGAAGGAGGUUUGUUCCGAGCUGCCAACAUUUUCCUUGUGAGUAGGAGUGAUCACCCACAGAGGCAGAAGAUUUCAUCCUGAGCAGCUCCUUCGUUUCAACGUCUUCCUGAAGCAAAGAACCACAGCUGAGAAUAAAGACCCCACUCCACCAGGAGCUGGAGCUGCAGGUGGAGGCUCUAAGAUGGUCCGGGAGCAUUGUUGUAAAUAUGAAUCUGAGAAUAUUAUUUAAUAUUAAUACUUUAAUAUUUUAUCAAAUAAUAUUUGGGUCUGUUAAGGGUUGUCCUGUGAAUACCAGCCCAGUAAGGCGAUGGUAUUAGGA